AUGGCCUCUGUGAACGCCUCCUCGGCAUGCGCCCCCUUCAACACCGACACCUUUGACGUGGCCGUCGCUUGCCUGUUCUUCCUCAUCUUUCCCUUGUCGUUGCUGCUCAACGGAGUAGCCGCCUGGAUCUCGCUGCACCUGCGCUCCACCUCCACCUUCAUCGUGUACCUGAAAAACCUGGUGGCGGCCGACCUCCUCAUGACCUUGGCCAUCCCGUUAAUCGCGGCCAACACCCUCCCGGGAUCGGUGGGCCCGUUAAAAGUGGUGAUGUGCCGCUACACCCAUGUCGUGUUCUACUGCUGCCUGUACACCAGCAUCUGCCUGAUGGGUCUCAUCAGCCUCGACCGCUUCUUCAAAGUCGUCCGGCCUUGUGGCAGGUUGUGGGGCCAAAGCCUGGCCUUUAGCCAUGUGAUGUCCGCCGUGGUUUGGGGGGUGAUUUUUGGAGGCACCGGUAUCCCAACCGUCGUCCUAACUAACCGGCAUCCUGGAAAUGUCACUAAAAGUCUCUGCAUGUCGAUGAAAAGUCCAGCCGGUUUGAGUCUUCAUGCAGGUGUGGUGCUGUUUAUGAAUGUGCUGUUCUGUUCCGUCGGCGUCCUGACGGUGGUUUGCUACCUCUGCAUCACCAGCAAGGUCCUCCGGUCUUUCCGACGCUCCGGGAGCAACAACAGCCAGGGGAAACGGAAAACCAAACUAAGGGUGUUCUUGGUCCUGCUUGUGUUCUUUGUGUGUUUCCUGCCUUUCCACAUGGUGCGCAUCCCCUUCGCGUUCCACAGAGUGCACGAUAAGCCUGCCUGCGUCCCGGUCUGGAUGGGGAUGGCCCACGACUUCACCCGCUGGCUCUCGACCACGAAUACCUGCCUGGACCCGCUGCUCUACAUCUAUCUGUGCAGGGAAUUCAAAGAGAAGCUGGACAGCAUGCUGAGAACUGGAGGCAGUAUCCGCACACACCCGGCAGAGAGUGAGGAUGCUUCCAUCUAG